AUGGAAGGCUCCAACUCAAUCGUCCUGCCUCUUCGAGGCACUCGCAAUGUCGUUAUGGGCAAUACUGAAGACGUCCUCAAUAGCGAGCCGCGGCGCGCACCACUCACCGCGGCGAAUCUGGCGCUGUUAUCUUGUGGUCAAGGAAGCCGGCAGAAGCCCAUGAAUGUCGAGGAAAGUGAGGACAAAGGCGUAGAGAUUACCGGCGAGAAGGCAGGCGGCGAUGAGGGUCACAUCGAAGGUGAAAGCACGCAAGUCAAGCCAUUCGCGUGGUCGGCCGUCAGAUUCACCGCCAUGCGUCAGAAGGAAAAGCAAGCGUUCAUGGACAGCGCAAUGAAAAAUUUCUGGCUAAGUGACUUCCUCGACCGCAUGCCUCUGAAACCACGCCGCAAGCAAGGCGAUAUGACAACGCCACAAGCCUUCACCAAGUGGCCCAAGGGCAUCAAAAUGUCGCUCAUAGACCUAGCGCACCACACCGAACUAGAAGAAGCCAUAGCACUUCUAGACGAAGUAUUCGAGAAGAGGAAGGUGCCAAGUACAGCCUGGGAAGGACUGGAUGAGGAUAUGAUUGACGAGGCCAAGGAGAUUGCGUGGAAGAGAUAUCUGAAAGGCAACAUGAGCUGGUGUGGAGCAAACCUGCACUAG